AUGAACCAACAGGCCGCAUCGUCGGGACCCUCCGCGACUGUCGCCGACUUCUUUCGCGACGUCGCCUCGGCAGGCGGUUCGGCCUACAUCGCUACCUUGGCCAGGUUCGGCGCGAUCAACACGCCGGCCGUGAGGGACUCCUUCGCCGUCCUUUUGGAGAACGGCGUGCCCGAGGGCCUCUUGCUACAGAUCCUUGCGCCGGUGCCGCCGACGCAGCCAGAACCAACGGCGGCCAGGCCACCCAGGCACGACGUACCGAACAGAAGGACCCUACCUCGGGCAUCAUUGACGGCGGCUUUGGAGGCCAUGGACCCCGGGCGACGCCAAGACACCCUAGCCGCCAUCGACGCCAAUCUGCUGGCAUCGUCGACCCGCCGGGCCAUGGAGUCGCGAGUGAGGACGGUGAGCGCCCUGGCCGACAGAGGCCAGUUUCCCCUCUUCCCGCUCGACGCCAACAAGCUUCACACCAUCGCCGGGGCCAUGCGGAUCGCCGGCUACAGGUCGACUGGGCUGUACCUCGACGCGGUGGUAUGGCAUCAGGAGAACACCCUCCACACGCCGGUCACCCCUGGACUCCGACGGGUGGUCAAGACCUUGACCAAGGCGGCGGCGAGGGGCCUGCCAGGGUCCAGGCUCAAACAGGCAUUCGACCUCGACGAGCUCACCAAGUUGGUCGACGACACGGCACCGUUCGGGCCAUUCAACGCCGGCCUGGUUGCUCACGCCGUCGAUGUUGUUAUCGUCGCUACUUGGUUUAUGCUGAGGGAGGUGGAGCUCGCGGCGGCCCGGGUCAGAGACCUCGGGGUGACCUUGUCGGCGGUGUCUCUCGACAUACCCCUGCACAAAACGGCGCAGGGGGGGCAGGCCGAUCUCACACGACGCACAUUCCGGUGCGUUUGCACUUCGACGGCCCACCCACUUUGCCCAAGAUGCGCCGCACACCGCCACCUUCGGCGGAUCCAGGCAUCCGCGGCUGCGACGCCGGCCGACUUCCUGUUUCCGACCAGACCGACGGUGCAGAGAUCCAAGGCGGAGUCAGCCGAGAUGUUUCGGCUGGUGCUGGACGCCGCCGGCUUCGAGACGGUGUACCUCGACGAACAGGGCAAGCGCCGCUUGAUCUUCGGCGGCCACGCCGCCAGAGUGGCAGGUGCGACCGUCCUGGCGAUGAGGGGGGUCCCGGUCGCCGUGAUCCAGCUGCUCGGCCGAUGGGCCUCCACCGCCGUCGAACGGUAUGUUCAACAGGCACCCCUCGCCGUGGCAGCCGGCGUUCCAGCCCAGGCCUUGGCAGCGCCGAGUGCGUCGACAACGACGCCGGCCCAGCCCCUGGCGACACCGACGCCGCCGGCCAUCCUGGACUUGUUGCCGACGGGGAACGCAGCCGGGCACGCCGAUACGGCGGUGCCGGCCUCGCAGCAGAUGGUGCCCAACGUCGACUUCGCGGCAGAGGUGCCCGGCGUGGAGUUCGUGCCAGAACCCGCCAGGAUGCCAGUAGCCGACGCGAUCGGCGACUCGGCGCCCCGGUAUGUCAUGAACUGCCGCACCAAGAUGGUGCACAAGCCGGGGGUCGACGAAGCGUCGACAGAGAGGUCGGACUGGCAGGCCAAGUGCGGCUGGCCUUACGGCGUGCGACAGUUCUUUCGCCUGUCCGAGCUGCCGCCGGAUCCGGCCUUAUGCCGCAAGUGCUUCCCGACGGAAACCGUCGACGUUGAGGCACCGGAGGCGAUCGACUCGUCGUCGAGCUCCUCGUCCUCCACUAGCGGAGCGACGUCGGUGUUGUUUGCCAUGGCACUCCCGACGGUCGCGGCCUCGAUGGUGCAGCUGGACGACCUCCUCGCCGCGGCCGGCGCCAACGACAGCAUCAAGAACUACAUCACGGCCCGGAAGAUCACCACGACGCCCACAUUGGCCCUGAUCGCCAAGGACGUCGAGAGGUUCACGACGCACAUCAUCCACCCGUACAUCACCGGCACCCGCAUCGACGGCACCGAUCACAAGGUGGAGGACGGGCAGGACGAUGUGGCCACGGCGAUCAUGACCCACCUCUUCGUCGAGGCCACACGCCAAUGGCCUCCCAAGACCUUCUCGGCGUGGAACCAGCAGGUCAACAUCUACGAGGAACGGUCGACGUCCGCCGCCAGCUCCAAGGCGCUGCGGCUGGAACAUGGCCUCCUGCUCCAGGAGGAGCCGACGGAGUGGGUACCCAAGGGCCUCUUCUCGACUAUCGACGGAGCCAACGCCGCCCGGUGGGCAUGGAUCCUGCUGGGCAUCGGCGAGGAGACCGACGUCAUGACAUAUGUCGACUGGUUCGUCAUCCAGCUACUUCGCGCCCAGCUCGUAGCAUUCAGCCAUCCUGCCUUCCAGAAGUCCAUCAGGGCGCUCAAGCUCAAGGCUACCGACUCCGAAGAGGGCUUCUACCACCUGGCAGGUCGGGCCCAGCUGGCCUUAACUGUCCAGCGACUGAUCCUGCCCAGGUUUGGAUUUGAAGCAACCCGCGAAGGUGUUCAAUCAAUGAUCAUGCACUGUGCCCCCUACGCCAAUGAACCAGAGGUCGCCAUCCUCUUCGAUGGAGCCUCAGGUGUGAUUUUGGUAGUUGUGCAUCGUGGACGAGGGACACUCCCAGCCGAAGGCUGCAAGUGCUCUGAGCACCAUCUCAGGGGGCUUGCCCCCACCCCAAGCCGUUUGAAGUGCUGGUGCCUUUUGCUGCGGGCCACUUGGAUUUCUGAGUGCUCGUCAGAGGCACAGCCAUUUGGGAAAAUCGAUUAUAAAGAGGCAUGCCUGUCCCAAAGCUGCCCAGCAAGAGCACUAGUUGUCUUGCCGGCUAGCACAAAUGGCUGUCACCGAAAGCAUGCAGCGCUUGGGAUGUUCAGUCAGCUAUCCAGCACGAACUCCGUGGAAAUCGACCUGCUCAGCCAGGAGGAGGUCCAUGAUAGCCGAGACGACCUUCCCACGUCCAACGGGUCGCCAGACGUGCCAUGCGGGAGCCAAAACUCAAAGACGCAAACACCCUGCGAUGUCACGGUCGAGAUCGAGGAGGAUGCCGUCGUGCUCACUCCACGCAAGGCUGUGAGGAUAAGAAAGCAGCCCUCCUCGCCCGCGAAGAUCUGGUCUUUUGCGAGAAGGUCUUUGGGCAGACAUGCCGACAGAACCUCCAGCUCAAGCUGGGUAGGCUCCGGCCCGGCAGGGGCAGCGUCUGCUCCUGGAUCUGAAGACUGGGUUUUUCCAGCUUGCCCCGGUGGACGACAAUCAUUGGCUGUCUCUUCCCAUGCUGGGCCGGAAUGCGAGCUGGUCGAGAACAGGGACAACCUGGAGGACGACGAUGGCACCGAAGCUCGCGUGGUCAGCUUCCGGCGCAGCUGCAUGCUCCCGGACGACGUAGGCAUUGAACACCCUGAUCCUCUUUGCGAGCCACAAGCGAUCCGAGACACGAAGCCAGAACCCUUCACGGCGCAGGAUUCGAUCCGUAUUCCCCUCCGUCUCCUGGAGGAUGGAAAGCUUUCAUCGCCGCAACUCGAGGCCGUGGGUCUGGCGUCACGUCGCUUUCAGCAGGGUCUGCCAUCUGGAGCUCGUUGCGGUUUCCUGCUGGGAGACGGCACUGGUUGCGGCAAAGGUCGCUGCAUCGCAGCCCUCAUCUUGGACCAAUGGAACAGCGGCUGUCGUCGUCACGUGUGGCUUUCAGCUACCGCGGACCUGUACCAGGACGCCAUACGGGAUUUGCAGGAUCUGAAGACUGGAAUUCCAGUAUGCAAUUUGGCCCGUGUCCGCGCACGCGGCGAGCUCGAUGCUGCUCACGGUGCAGAUCCAGAACUUGCCAAGCUCGGGAAGAACAAGGACGGAGUUUUGUUCCUAACCUAUGCCCUUCUGGUAUCGUCAGGUGGAUCAUCCAAGGGGAAGUCCAACAUCUCUCGCUUCCAGCAGCUUCUGGCAUGGCUUUGCCACCGGGGACCGAAAGGAAGCGGGCUCAUCGUUCUUGACGAAGCCCACAAAGCCAAAAACCUGGAUGCCGGUACCCGGUGCGCUGCAUUGGUAGAGGAGCUGCAAGCUGCCUGCUCGGACUGCCCGGUGCUGUACUCGACAGCUACCGGUGCCACUGAAGUCUCCCACAUGCAGUACAUGGUCAGACUCGGACUCUGGGGAGAGCAAGGACUCCCUGGGAAGUCCGUGCAGCCUCCCUUCUCCACUUUCGCAUCUUUCCGGAAGGUCGUCGAGAAAGGUGGCGUCACAGCCAUGGAGCUUGUGGCUGUGCAGUUGCGGCUCUUGGGUUCGAUUUCUUGUCGAUCGCUAUCAUACAACGGCACCAAGUUUGAGCUUUGCACUGCUGCUCUCAGCACCACCGAAAUCGAGCAGUAUGAUGCUGCCGUGGACCUGUGGUGCGACCUCCGGCAGCAUAUAGAAUUGCUCAUCGACAUGGACAUGUUCAAUUCCGAGUCUACAAGAAGGGUAGCGGAGUCCCAGUUCUGGGCAGCCCAACAACGUUUCUUCAAAGGCUUGCUCAUUGCUGCCAAAGUGGCGAAGGCAGUCGAACUGGCACACGAGGCACGUCAAGCCGGAGAGGCCGUGGUGUUGUCUUUGUGGACUACCAACGAGGCAGCUAUCAGCAGGCACCUCCAGGGGGCUGGCGGUGACUCCUUUGCUUCGGGACCGGAGCUGACCUUCGAGCAGUUUCUGACCCAUCUUCCCACAAGCAAGGGCGGCCAGGAGGUGUCUUGGGCGGUCGAGGCAGUGGCCGCCAUCCUACAGCGACUGAGGCAGCUGAAGCUGCCACCGAACCCCCUUGAUGAGUUGAUUGAUCGCCUGGGCGGGGCGUCCCGCGUCGCUGAAAUGUCAGGACGCUCCCAAAGAAGCUGCAAGGAUCCCGCGACCGGCGAGGUGAAGCGGCAGCUCCGUCAAGCAAGCGCAGCCCGACAAUCGCAAGGCUUUGCUGGCGUAGAGUCCGUGAACGUGGCCGAACAGCGGGCCUUUCAGACGGGAAAAAAGCUCUUCGCCAUCAUCACGGAAGCCGCUUCUGCUGGCAUAUCUCUGCACUGCGAUCGGCGUGAACUGAGAGAAGGCGCGGCAGCGCCAAAGCCCAGACGAAUGAUCUGCCUCGAGCUGCCUUGGGCUGCCGACAAGGCGGUGCAGCAACUGGGGCGUGUUCAUCGAUCGAACCAACUGCACCCGCCCAAAUUCACCUGCAUCGUCACCGACCUUGCUGGCGAAGCGCGCUUUGUCUCCGCUGUUGCCAAGCGGCUUUCGCAGCUUGGGGCUAUGACCAAAGGAGAUCGCCGCGCAGGCUUCGGAGCUCGGGGGGACGCCUUCGGCUUCGGACGUUUGGAUCUCAUGAGCAGUAAAUACGGAGCUGCCGGCUUGGCCAAGGUCAUGGCCGACCUCCUCACAGGAAAGCCGUCGAUACCGUUGAAUCUGAUAAGUUGGCCCCAGGGAUGGGAGGAAUUCGUGGAACAUGCGCGGAAAGCUCUCGAAGUUCAGAAGCUUCCCAUGCAAGGUAGAGAUUACCAGGAUCCCAAAACGCUCAAGAAGUUCUUGAACCGGGCACUGGGGAUGAAGUGCAGAACCCAGGAGGGCUUCUUCGAACUCCUCUCAGCCCAUGUGGGCAAGCUGGAGGAAGCUGAUCGGCGAGACGGCCUUCUCGACACCGGUGUUGUGUCACUGAACCACGGUGGCCGCUGGGGACGACUUCAGAGGGUGUCGGAAUUGAAGACCGAGGUGCUGGAAGGCGUGGGGCUCGAGCUGCGUCAUUUGCGGCUAGAGCGUGGCAUGCCCUUCGAGAUGGCAGAGCGACUUCUCCGCCAGGCUCCGGAAGACGAGGAGCGUGCUCAGGGCUUCUACCUGCGUCCGUUGGAGACCGCGGCAUCUGAAGCCUUGCUCUUGCUGCGGCGAAGGGCUGCGCGUGACAGCGCCACGUGCUACACGCUGAUCUACCCCCACGACAGCCCCAAGAAUCAGCUGGACGGCCACCUUUGCACACUGGCACGGCUUCGAUCCAGCAGCCUCCUUGCAGUCACCAAGGAGAAAGCCCAGGAACCUUGGGAACGACAGCACAAGGACUCAGCAGUGCAGUGCAUCCACCGGCAACGGAAGCACCACUGUGGGAACAGUGAGUGCAGAGCUGGUUUGCGAAAUUUGGUGGAGACCAUGCUUACCGGACAAAUCCUGGUGCACUGGGACUUUUUGUGCUCCCUGCUUGGUGAGAAGGGAACUUCCUUGAUGAGAUGCGAGCUGACAAACAACACCGUGCUCAUUGGCCUAAUGAUCCCACGUCACAGUUUGGCCAUGGUUCGGAAGACUGUGCUCGAACGCGCACAAGACGCCGAGCCUCGGGCAGAGAAGCACCGAGAGAAGCUGGAGCCAAAGGUUCCCAAGAUUUCGGUGGAUCUUCGCCAUUGCUCAGAUUCGUCCGAUGACGAAGUCACGAUGCAGGAGGUGAUAUCCAUCCCAGGACAUCAGUCACCGACAGAUGUAGACAGCCGACCAGCAAAGCGACCUCGCACAACUUUCGUGACCAGCGAUGACGAGUAG